AUGUCUGACGACGCCUACUCUUCUUUCCUCGACCAAGCCAACCAGGACACUGGUGCGAGCAAAGCCUCUACGAGAUCCAAAUCGGCAGCCACAAAAGCCGUGGACACCGAUGUGCCGGUCACGUUGCAGAAGGUGGAUCAGUACUACACGUCUGAGUCUGACGAACCUUUUGAGCCUGUGAGCUUGAAAUGGAGUGGGAAAAAUAUGCCAUCAGAGAACGAGUUUGGGAAACUCAUAGAGCACGAUUCCGAGGUCUCGACCUUGACCGCGAAAGAAUUCGACCCGCAGGGAGAGUACAAGAAGGUCAUGGAAGCAGUCGAGCAGUCGGGGGAUGGCAAGACAAGGAUAUAUCGGGUAAAGCAUGGCAAGACGAGACUGGAAUACUAUGUCGUUGGCUUCGAUAAAGAAGGCGGAAGGGUCGUGGGAUUGAAGGCUAAGGCUGUAGAAAGCUGA